AGCUUCUCUAACGCUCUCACCAAGAACAUAGUGGCCAUGGUGGUAUGGCUCACCCUCAGCAUCAUUAACAGCAGCAUGGUGCACACCUUCCUACGACACAGCUUCUUCUACGAGAACCCUCGAUACGUCAUGUUCAUCUGUAUGGUGAUCAACGACGCUCUGCAGCUGACCCUUGUAACAGCUCUGUACGUGGUCAGCUACAUCUUCAGGAAGAUCCACGCAUCCGCCUGCUGCCUUCUGAUCAUGACGGCGGUCCUCACCACCCGCUCCACCCCUCUCAUCCUGGCCGGCAUGGCGGUGGAGCGUUACAUCGCCAUCCUCUUCCCCCUCCACUACAGCCAGAUGUGCACCAUCCCUCGCACUCUCCUCCUCAUCUACAUCAUCUUCAUCCUCACCUCCACCCCGCCCGUCACCGACCUCCUCAUCACCAUCGUCAAGGAGCCUCCGAGUUUCUUCCACACCUCCAUUUUCUGCGACCACUCGCUCCUCUUUCGGGACCGGUCCAUCUACUAUAAGAACUGUGUGUUUGAUGGGGUUUACCUCUCCUUUGUGGCUCUGACGCUGCUCUACACCUACUGUAAGAUCAUGCUGACGGCACGAGCCGCCUCCAUGGGUCUGGCCUCGGUGAAGAGAGCCAGGAACACUGUGCUGCUUCAUGGGGUGCAGCUGCUGCUGUGCAUGCUUACCUUCGUGGUUCCCUCCCUUCAGGCCGCUCUCAUCUCCCUUUUCCCCCGCCUCAGUCUGGAGAUCCGUUACAUCUUCUUCCUGGUCGUCUACAUCAUCCCCCGUUUCAUGAGCCCCGUGAUCUACGGUUUUCGAGACGAGCAGUUCAGAAGGUACUGGCUGCGGUACUUGGCUUGUUGGAGCCGCAGCGUCGUCAGGGUUCGGCCGGCGGGGCUGAAAGCGAACCUGCAGGUGAAAUAA